AUGACAAGAGCCCUAUCCAGGGAAGGAGAACCCAAUGGGGCCACCACAUCUCCUGAAGAGAUAAAAGUGGAGGAAAUGGAAGACAGAGGCCAGUGGCGGAACAAAAUGGAGUUUGUGCUGUCUGUGGCUGGAGAGAUCAUUGGCCUGGGUAACGUGUGGAGGUUCCCAUACCUCUGCUACAAGAAUGGUGGUGGAGCCUUCCUCAUCCCUUACCUCAUCUUCCUCUUCACCUGUGGGAUCCCCCUGUUCUUCCUGGAGACGGCGCUGGGGCAGUUCACGAGCCAGGGAGGGGUGACUGCCUGGAGGAAGAUCUGUCCCAUCUUUGAAGGAAUUGGAUAUGCCUCCCAAGUCAUUGUAGGAUAUCUGAAUAUCUACUACAUAAUCAUCUUGUCCUGGGCACUCUUCUACCUGUUCAGCUCCUUCACUUCAGUGCUACCGUGGGCCAGCUGCAAUAACCCCUGGAACUCAGAUCUCUGUGUGGACAUUCUGAAUAGAUCCAGCCUGGACAACAGGACCUUGCCUGCGAACGCCACCUCCUCAAUGAUUGAGUUUUGGGAGAAGCGAGUGCUGGGGCUCACGGAUGGUAUUCACAAACUGGGCACUGUGCGCUGGGAGCUGGCUCUGUGUCUCCUGCUGGCGUGGAUCAUCUGCUACUUCUGCAUCUGGAAAGGGGUCAAGUCCACAGGCAAAGUCGUUUACUUCACUGCCACCUUCCCAUAUGUGAUGCUCCUCAUCCUGCUGGUUCGAGGGGUCAUGCUGCCAGGGGCUGCUGAGGGGAUCAUUUUCUACCUGAAGCCAGACAUCUCCAGGCUGGCAGACCCACAGGUCUGGAUGGAUGCAGGCACUCAAAUCCUCUUCUCUUAUGCCAUCUGUGAGGGGUGCCUGACAGCUCUGGGCAGCUACAACAAAUACACCAAUAACUGUUACAGGGACUGCAUCCUGCUCUGCUCCCUGAACAGUGCCACCAGCUUUGUUGCUGGUUUUGCCAUUUUCUCUGUGCUGGGCUUCAUGGCUCGAGAGCAGGGAGUGCCUAUUUCAGAAGUGGCUGAAUCAGGUCCUGGCCUGGCUUUCAUAGCAUAUCCAACAGCAGUAACAAUGAUGCCUGUGUCUCAGCUCUGGUCCUGCCUCUUCUUCCUCAUGUUGAUCUUCUUGGGACUGGACAGCCAGUUUGUCUGUGUGGAAAGCAUGGUGACAGCUAUUAUUGACAUGUUCCCAGGAGUGUUUCGGAAGAGAGGGCGUCGGGAGCUGCUGAUCCUGGCCAUUGCAGUCAUAGGCUACUUGCUGGGCUUAUUGCUGGUCACUGAGGGUGGCAUGUACAUCUUCCAGCUCUUUGACUACUAUGCUGCCAGUGGCACAUGCCUGCUCUUCCUGGCUAUUUUUGAAGUCAUCUGCAUAGGAUGGGUGUAUGGUGCCAACCGUUUCUAUGACAACAUUGAGGACAUGAUUGGUUACCGGCCGUGGCCCUUGAUCAAGAUAUGCUGGCUGGUGUUCACCCCAGGUCUGUGCUUGGGUGUCUUCCUCUUUUCCCUGAUCAAGUACACACCCUUGAAAUACAACAAUUCCUACGAGUACCCACCCUGGGGCUACAUGCUAGGCUGGCUGAUGGCACUCUCCUCCAUGGUCUGUAUUCCUCUCUAUGCCAUCUUCAUCCUCCUGAAAACCAAAGGACCCCUGAAACAGCGACUGAUGCAGCUGAUUUCCCCAGCGGAGGACCUACCACAGCCAAAGAAGAAGCACGUGGCGAGGCCGUCCGAUCUGAGGUGUGAGGGAUGGUCUCCUCCAACCCAGGAGCUGCUCAGCAUCACAGAGAGAGAAACCCAUUUCUAA